GUCCGUCUCAAUCGACACACAGUUUCGUUUGGUUUCGCGUCGUGUGUACGGACGCUCCGAGUUUCAGUUGUGUCGGUCAAGUGUCGUAGAGUUUACCGUGUGAACCGUUGUUCGCGUUUAAUUUAUACGUUUGUUAAUCGUUCCGUUCGACAUGGACGGACCACCACAUAUGACCAAUUUCGAUUUUAUUAUGGAUCAUCAUCAUCAUCACAGAGGCCUGGAAUCGUCGGUAUCACCACCGACGGUAGCCGCGGCCGCUGCUAUUCAACAUCAUCAUUUACACCAUCAACAGCAACAACAUACCAAUAGCCAACAGCCCAACAGUAAAGCGGACCACAUAAAGCGCCCCAUGAACGCGUUUAUGGUAUGGGCUAAAAUCCAAAGACGGCUCAUAGCUCACGAUAACCCGAAAAUGCACAACUCCGAGAUAAGCAAAAGAUUGGGUGCCGAGUGGAAACUGUUGAACGAGACCGAAAAAAGGCCUUACAUUGAUGAGGCCAAACGGCUACGAGCUUUGCAUAUGAAGGAACACCCCGAUUAUAAAUACCGUCCACGCAGGAAACCCAAAAUACAAAUGCAAAAUAAUAACAAUAACAACAACAACGGAGUUGCGGGCAUCGGUGCUGGCGUAGGUGGAGGCGGUCAGAUGCACCACAAGGCUAACUUUCACAACUUCCCAGUCGUGUCCACGGGAACGUCCAACUUUGCCAACUUUCCCAUGCCCUACUUCUCGUCGGCUCACCACCCUGCGCUUCACUCGUUCGAUGGUCUCGGCGCGGCCGGUUAUUCACCCGCUGGUCUGGUCGGUCCGUACUUGGGUGCCGCUAUGCCGUCCUUUGAUCCCAUUCACUUGUCCAAAUUGGUAGCCCAACAGCAACAGCAGCAACAACAGCAACAGCACCAACAACAACAACAUCAUCAACAGCAACAACAUCAAAUGCAACUACAACAAGCAGGCGGCAUGGGGCCUGGUUCGCCGGCUUCCCCGUCUUCCUCGGAUGUCAACAUGAACUUACCGUUAUCGCAGCCGUCCGCGGCGCACGUGGGACCCAAAAAUGGAGCGGCUGUAGUCAGCUCUUUCUAUAAUCCGUUUUAUCCGUCGGCCGGGGGCAAACCGGGCGGCCCUUACCCGCAUCACAUGAGUAUAUUCCCUUCGCCGUUUUCGUUUUAUAACAGUGCGGCUACCGCUGACGAUCACCAUCAUCACCACGCGGCAGCAUUCGCUCACCAACAACAAAUGCAAGACAACAGGCCUGGAUCGGCGUCGUCCGACAUGGAAAACGAUCCAAUCACCAGACAAGUUCCUAACGUAAUUCAUUAACUUUGCAAUAUAAAUGGCAGACAUUAUUGUUUUUUUAUCAAAGCAGGUAGCUGAGAGGAGUAUUUAUUUUUUAUUUGGUAAAUUCAUACUAAUGUUACAAUUGAAAAACUUGACAAAUUGUCACGAAAAAAUCAUUUUCAUUCUCCGCAAAUGCACAUAAGAAAUGAUACUAUUUUUUUUUUAAUAAAUUGGAAUUAAAAGAAUUUGAAUGAGUGGAAAUUUAUUUAUUUUAUAGGCCCCAUUCAUUUUCUAUUAGUACCACCCUAAAUAUUAUUCAUUUUUAUGUAAACAACGCUGACAAAGUUUUUUUUUUUUUUGUGAACUCGGACUAAUACCUUAUUUAAAAGGUAUCAUGUAAAUAAUAUUAAUACAAACAAAGAACGUGCAUUGUUAGUUAUUACUCUAAUAAAAACUGUUCGCAACACAUGUAAUGUUUGUGAUGCUAAUAAUCAGUAUUAAUUGAUUCUAAGUAAAAACAAUAUUUGUGUGUUUCUGUAUAUUUAAAGUAAACUGUUAUUGCCCAUCAAACGAGUAACAAUCGCCUUUUUUUUUUUUCGUGGUAUCCCUUUUCUAUAUUUAUUUGCACGAUUUUAUUUACUCACAUUGAUGUACUGUUCCUUUAUGUUACCCUUUGAUAUUAUCAACUUUUAUCUAUAAAAAAUGUUUGACCAUUUUAAUUUAUGGUUUCGAGCCAUUUUUCAAUAAUUAAUGUAAUCAAAUAUAUCAAUUUUUUCAUUAUUUAAAAACAAUAAUUAUGAUACCCAUGUAGAUAACAUUUAUGAUAAUACUAUUUCGUUAUUUAUGUACUUGAAUGUUCCAUUAAUUUUGUUAAUAAUUAGUAAUUAUAACGUUUAAGGUAAUUAUAAUGAUGAAUAAUUGUUGAUUUUGUUACUAUUAUCACUGAAGUGAUAAAUGUUUGUGUGUGAGUAUAUAAUAGUAAGUGUAUACCGUUCGUGUAUUGGCCGGUUAAUUUAUUUUCUAAGAGUAGUGUUAAGAGCCUAAACAAAUGUUUGAAAAAAAAUAAUGUCGCUCGUUGUACUGAAUUAUUUAUAAUUUAUGUAGAUAAAAAUGUAUUAUACUAAUAUUACAUAAUUAUAAUUAAUAUGAUUGAAAUGCAAUGGUUAUUUAUCGCUACGUACCUAAAUACCCCUUUAAUUGUAAAUAACGAUAAAUGUUGUAAAAAUGUGUUAUACUUAAUAAAAAAACAAAUUAUUAUUUAAUGA